UUUUAUUUCCUUUUGGAAAAUUUCUUCAUGGAGUCCAAUAUUGGGCCAGUUCUUGGAAGUGUAGUAGGCGAACAUGUAGAUUGUCACAGAAACUUCCAAAAUGAUGUGGAUGAUCUUAGAAAAAGAGUGGCAGAUCUAAAACGCAGAAGAAAUGAUAAAGUAGCAGAACUACGAAUAGUGGAUGACUUGGAAAAACAAGUUAAAGAAGAAGUGCAGGGAUGGCUUGAAGAUGCAAGGAGGUUUAUUGAAAUUGAAAUGCCAGAUAUUGAAGAACAGGUGCAGAAUGUUUCAUACUUGUCACGUGGUAGCCUUGGAAGACGUGUCCGUCAAAAGAUUCAAGAUGUGAGGGAAAUUUAUAAUCGGGGUAGUUUCCCUGAAAGUCUUGUAAUUGAAAGGCCUCCGCCUAUUGGAAUCACUUUGCCAAUCGAGAAUAUGGUGGGCGAGGUUGAUGUGAAGGAAAAAAUUUGGGGAUACUUGAUGAGUCACGAGGUUGGAAUUAUUGGAGUUUGUGGAAUUGGUGGAGUUGGCAAAACCACUGUUAUGAAACACAUCCAUAAUGAAUUGCUAAAUGAGGCUACUAAGUUUAAGAAAGUUGUUUGGGUUACAGUAUCACAUCCACUCAUUGUUUUUAGAUUACAAGGUGACAUUGCUAGUGCAAUGAACAAAAGUCUUCCCGAUUAUGGGGAUGAACUGAACCAGGCAUCGAGAUUGAUGGAGGUUAUGAAAACAGUAAAAUAUGCAUUGAUCUUAGAUGAUGUGUGGGAUAAAUUUACUCUUCAUAGAGUUGGCAUCCCAGAACCAACAACCGAAAAUGGGUGCAAAAUUGUUAUUACUAGCAGAUCGGUUGAUGUAUGCAACUACUUGAGAUGUCAGAUGGUUAAGGUGCCACUUCUUUCAGCACAAGAGUCUUUGAACUUGUUUUUAGAUAAGGUUGGGCGAGACAUUCUACGAAUUCCUAAGUUGGAAGAGAUUUUGAAGCUUAUGGUUGCUGAAUGUGCUGGUUUGCCAUUGGCCAUUGUUGUCAUUGCUGGGAGCAUGAGAGGAGUAGAAGAUAUCUUUGAGUGGAGAAAUGCAUUACGUGAAUUGCGUCAAUGUGUAGUAAAUACAGAGAAAGAUUCAGAAGAUGAGAUAUUUAAUCGCUUGAAGUUCAGUCAUGAUCGUCUACGAAAUUCAAGCAUCCAGAAUUGUUUCUUAUAUUGCUCAUUAUAUCCAGAAGAUUGGGUUAUUAGAAAAGAAGAUCUAAUUGAAAACUGGAUUUGUGAGGGACUUGUUGAAAAAUUAGGGAGCAGAAGAGAAAUGCAUGAUAAAGGACAUGUUAUUUUAAAUAGGCUUUUAAACAAUUGUCUGAUAGAGGAAGCCAAUAAAAGGGAAAAUGUUAAGAUGCAUGAUGUUGUAAGGGACAUGGCAUUGCGUGUUAAGAGCACCGGUCCAAGUAAGUUCAUGGUGAAAGCUAAAAUGAGAUUGACAGAGAUACCAGAGGAGGAUGAAUGGACUGAAGAUCUAGACAAGGUUUCCCUAAUGGAAAAUGAAAUAUCAUAUAUCCCUAUAAAUAUGUUCCCAAAAUGCUUGAUGCUCUCAACCUUAAUUUUGAAGGGUAAUGCAGAAUUGAGGCAAAUUCCAGAGUGUUUUUUGGCAAACAUGCCCCUACUGAAGUUUCUUGACCUUUCUUAUACUGGCAUUGAGGCUCUACCGAAUUCUAUAUGUAGCUUAAAAAAUCUUACAACACUAAUUCUCUGUGGAUGUCAGAGAUUAGAACGCAUGCCUUCCUUGUCAAAGCUUAAAGCACUAAAGAAGUUGGAUUUGGAUGGAGCAGGCCUUUGUGUGGCUCCUGAAGGCAUUGAAAUGUUAGAAAAUCUAGAAUAUCUUCAUUUAUCUUGUCCAAACCUGAGGGAGCUACCAGUAGGAAUAAUCGGUAAGCUCUUCCGCCUCCAAUACCUACGUAAACAUCAGAUUUUUUCUACUGAAGUAAGAGUAGAGGAAGUAGCAAGAUUGAAGAUGCUGGAAUGUUUUGAAGGUGGAUUUGAUUUGCUGAAAGACUUCAACAGUUUUGUUAGCAAGUUGAAACAUUUUGGAAGAGGCAGUCAUUACUGGCUUACAACAGCAGUGCCAGAAGAAGACAGAGAGGGGUAUUUUUGGAAAUUCACCAAAAAUGAUGCUCUUAAAAGGGUAACUUUAUUCAAAUGCAAGAUGGGGGGAGAAGAUGAGUUGGUGCUUCCAGAUGACCUUCAGGAUUUGAGGAUUGAACGCUGGAAUACAGUCCAUGAUAUUACUAAUUUUCUAAAAAAUUUGACUCAAUUACGAACGUAUGCUUUGGAUGGGUGCGAAGCAAUAGAGUGUGUGGUCACCUCAUCGUCCUUGAUGGUUAUGAAUAAUCUUGAAGAACUAUCUCUUUGGAGUUUGUGUAGCUUGCGAGAUCUUGUAAAAAUGGAAAAAACAAUAUCCUCUCACAUCUUUUCAAAUCUUAAAGAGUUGAAUGUAGUGGCCUGUUCAAAAUUGAACAAGUUGUUUCCAUGUGAGCUGCUGCAGUGUCAGGGCCUCCAAAACUUGGAGGAGAUUCAUGUUGAAGAUUGCUUGGGAAUGGAGGACAUAAUGGGAUGGGAAGAAGAGGAAGGAAAUCAAACAACUACUACUGCAACAUUUACUCUUCCAAAAUUAAGGUCAUUGUACCUGGAUUGUUUACCAGAAUUGAAGAAAAUAUGCCCAGAAAGAGGAGUUAUGGAUUGUGUUUCUCUCGAUUCCAUUUGUAUCAAAAACUGUCCUAAGGUAAAGAGGAUUCCAAUAAAGAGGAUUCCCCUUUGUCUUGGAAGGGAGAACGGGCUGCCAGCUCUUCCUGCUAUCAAAGUUGAAAUUUAUAAUCCAAAAGAAUGGUGAGAAUCGGUGGAGUGGGAGAAUCCUGACAAUAAAAAUGUCCUCCGACCUUUCCUCCAAUAUGAUAGUCGUGGCGCUUGGGUACACAUUUCUCAUCUGCCUGUCCGGCAUUGAAGGUUUGUAUAGCAAUUCCAUCAACAAGGAUUGACUAGUUUCAGUUUCAAAUGCCCAACCUAGAUAUAUAUGUCAUGUUCUAAGGAAACAGUUGUUUUUAGGUUUCUCAAGGACUCAAAAUGUCAACCUGAAUGGAUUUAUUGGU